AUGACAUCCCGCGAGUCAGGCAGAAUCCGCGAAGCGGACAAGAAACGUGUUUUGGACGAUGCUUCCAGGAAACGUCGUGCUCGGAAAGCACUGGAGGCCCUCGAGCAGGACAACUACCAUGAAGACCCACAUGCAGAUUUGGUUAUGUCGAAGAAAAUCCCUAAAUUCCAGGACAACCUGGACAACUCUAACAAUACGAAGAAAAAAACGAAACGCAGCAAAGGUGCCGAAUAUUAUCGGGCCAAGUACAGGAAAACUUUCCCCCAGCUGUUGGAGGAAGACAAAAUGCAACGACCGGAUGGGCCUAAUUAUUUCACGGCUGCCGCACCACCAUCGAAGUUUCCCGAGCGACAUUUCUGUGCCGUUUGUGGCUUUCCAUCGAGCUAUACUUGCACUGCGUGCGGUACCCGGUAUUGCUGUGUACGCUGUCUCGGGACCCAUCAGGAUACACGUUGCCUCAAGUGGACCGCUUAGGAUGUGAUCUAGCCUUUGAAGUUAUGAGGAUGUAUUUAUUCUGAAUAAGAUUAUAAGUUGUGUAGAUACUCUAUUUGUUUGAAUUCAUUCGAAGUCACUACUGAAGGCUUGUCAGAUAUUAAAACAACCACUUGAUAUUUCCCGAUAAUUUAUUUCUUUAAUAACGCAUUAUCGAUUACAAAUAAACUACUAGUACAAAAUUUAACUAAACGUAA